AUGCACAUGCCCCAGAUCGUGUCUCUUCUCUCGAGCGAUGAUGAGACUUUCCGACGUUCAGAGCGUAAAACUCAUUACGACCACUCUUUGAACCAGUUCGUCGCUGACGCUCCCUCCCUCCCUGUUCCAUCGCACUCUGCUGCCGCCUCCAGUGGGUCGCAGUCUUCCUGCUCUACAGAAGACAACAUGGGUGAUAUUUCUUCUAAAGUUAACUUCAGCCAGCCAUCGUCCGAGGCCGCUAUCCGUCCUUGUCAUGUAGUUAGCCGCCGUCACAAGCGCAGAUGCCAAGGGGGGGAACCACGGGCCACAAACCACGUCAACGCUGAGGCAGCGGCGGGAGAGGUGAAAAACAAAGGCUCCCCAUUUCAGCAGAAGACGCGUACGCACACCGGCGGUAUCCUAGCUGAUGAAAUGGGACUGGGAAAAACAAUGACCGCCCAGGCUCUGGCUGUGAUGUCCCGCCAGCUGCGGCUUGCGCGGCGUGACGUGUUGAAGUCCCGACAAGAGGGGAUGGCCGACACUUGCCCGAGAACCAGGGCGGACCGGAGAAUGAGACCCGGCAGCCCCUCGGCGAGGAUAAUACCAGUCAACGGCCCCCAGCUAAGUAUUGUGCCUUCCAAAUUAAUUCCUACGAGGAUAAAGGAGUGGGAUCAGAAUGUCGACGAAGUGCGCGGGAUGACGCCAUGGAUCGCGCAUAACACCGCAACCAAGCACCGAAGGAGCCAUCGCCUGCUGAAAGACAAUGUCCUCUCCAAAGCAAAAAUGCGGUUACGCAUCCAGGACGUAGGGGAUUAUCUUAAAGCAUAUGCGGAAAAUCAAGUGGCUCAGGAGGAAGAGAAGCCGUUGAGAAAGAGGUCGACCGACGUGCUCAGUCACUCGACAAACAUAUACCUAACAAAAGCACUGAACACGGCCUGGGCUAUGGAAAAACGGCAGAUUGUGAUGGGGCCUUCAGGGAAUGUCCGCAUAAAAAACCAGCCCGGUCCUUAUGUUGCAGCGUUUCACCAAUCUGUCAUUUGGCCCCGUGUCUUCCGUGACGAGUUCCAUGAGGAGAAGAGAAGCACAACAAAGAGCCUUAAGGCGCUCAGAUCCUUACGGGGCGAAUUCCAGCCUGGCAGUGGGUCAGAUCAGGAGGGAUACACAACGCCGGCAACCUGGUUCAUGUCGGGGACACCCUCUGAGGUAUCAUCCAGAGACUUGGCAGAUGCACUGGGAAUAUUAGAGCGGCCUGAAUGGGAGACAGGUCCACAGUUAGGCCGCUGUACCGAGAAGGCCGUUGAACGUCUGGGCAGGACUUUAAGAUAA